AAACAAACCGAUAAAAGUUUUUUUUUAGGAAAUUGUGAAUUUUGUCGAAAACAAAACAAAAUUUUAUAAAUCUAUCGCAUUUUCUAUGAUUUUGUUAAGUUAGUUUUGUAACACAAUAGGCCAGUGUAACUGAGAUCCUAGAAGCUCAUGUCUACAUAAGAUAAAUAAACAGCAAUCAUGACAAUGACCAACGCUACAAUACAAGAAAUAGAAGGCAUAGACGACUACUGGGGCCCGGCGUUUCGCUCCGUGUACGAAGGUGAAGGGCACGAGGCCUUCGUGCAGCAGCUGGACGAACGCAUCAAGCAGCACGACGUCGAGAUCGAGAAGCUCUGCAACUAUCACUAUCAGGGUUUCAUUGACUCCAUCCGAGAACUUCUGCAAGUCAGGUCUCACGCUGAGGAGCUCCAUGCAGAGAUCUCCAAUGUUGAUGCUAAUGUCAAGGAGACCACUGAAGCAAUAUGUACCAGGGCAGAAGAGUUGAUAAGAGCUAGGCGAGUGGAGCUGAACAUUGCAGCCACUAUAGAGAAGAUGGAGCUGUGUCUGCCGCUCCUGACCACAUACGCCAAACUGAAGUCUCAGGUCGAAGCCAAGAGGUACUACCCUGCACUAAAGACACUAGAGCUUCUAGAACAUGUGGUGCUACCUCGCGUGGGCCCUUACAAGUGGUGUGCUCAGAUCUCUGGAGACAUCCCGCGGCUGCGACAGGCCAUACGGGAUGCCUCCAUGGCAGACUUGAGGGACUUUCUUGAAAGCAUCCGGGGGCUGAGUCCUCAGGUUGGUGCAAUGGCGCUGAAGCAGACACAAGAAAUGCAAGGACGAAAUCUUGCUACGAUUGUGAAAAAUAAGAAAGACAUGGCGAUGCUGGCUACGGCGGCCAAGGAGCCCCCGGGCCCGCAGUGCCCGCACGAGCUGGUGGACUUCAGCCCGCUGCACCGCUGCCUGCACAUACACAGCGUGCUCGGCGCCAAGAACGACUUCAUACAGUAUUACAGAGACCAGCGCAAGCACCAAGCGCGCCUGGUCCUAAUCCCAGCGGGCAACCUCCACGACUCGAGCCAAAGCGUCAAAAACUACCUCAACGCUGUCCUCGGCUUCUUCAUACUAGAGGAGCAUCUCCUAACCACCGGAGCGGGUUUAGUCUCCAAAGACUAUCUACUGGACACUUGGAGUAUGUCAGUGACUAAAGUUGUGUCGACUCUGAGGACCAACACGUCGCUCAUUACGGACCCGACGCUGAUGCUGAGCAUUAAGCAUCAGAUUGUGCUGUUUAUUAAUACUGUUAAAUGCUACGGGCUUCCCACGGAGCCGCUACCUCAGCUACUUCAAGAGAUGGCGGAGCACUACACGGAGGUGCUGAUGCAGCGCUGGGUGGCCGUGUUCCGCGACAUACUGGACAACGCGCCCUUCACGCCCAUCGAGGUCGAGACUCAAGAGCAAUACGAAGGUGUCAUGGAUAACUUUCCCUACGAUGAUGAAGAACUGGAAACCCAACCGUUUCCAAGAAAAUUCCCAUUCUCAUCCAUCGUACCGGCAGUCUACAUGCAAGUCAAGGAGUUCAUCUACGCGAGCCUCAAGUACUCGGUGGGGCUGGGCCUGGGCGGCGGGCGGCGCGCGGCGGCGGCGCGGCACUCCGCCUCGCUGCUGCUCACGCGCUCCUUCACCGGCUGUCUGUCCGCGCUGUUCCGGAGACACGUCGCCCUCAUGCAGCUGGUGCAGAUAAUCGUGGAUACCCAGUACUUGGAAGGUGCCACGUCGUGCCUCUAUGAGUUCAUCAGCAACAUCACCGGGGCCGAACUAGUUUCCACUGAGGCGCCGGGCAGCAUGUUCCAGACGGCGCGCGACGACGCGGAGCUGCAGAUCUGCCACGAGAUCGAGAAGAAAGUCGACGAGUUUCUGGACCUCGAGAACUAUGACUGGCUUUUAGUGGAGCCCACGGGCCAGGCGUCAUCGUUUGUGACCGACAUGCUGAGCUACUUGUCUGGAGUGUUGACGUCACUGGAACUUUUGCCAGAGAGAGCCAGGAAAGCGGCGGUGCACGCGGCCACCAACCGCAUCGCCACGCGCCUGCGCAAGCUGCUGCUCGACCCCGCCGUCAAACAGAUAUCAUCGGGCGCGCUACACCAGCUAGACCUGGACGUGAUCCAGUGCGAGCAGUUCGCGGCCAGCGAGCCCGUGCCCAAGCUCAAGCGGGACGAGCUGCUGCAGUACUUCGCUAGCCUCCGACAACUACUGGACUUGAUCACCGGCUGGGACUGGUCAUCGUACCUGCACGACGUCGGCGUCGACGGAGGGAAAUACGCACUCGUCACGCCGAAAGAUGCCGCCACAUUACUGGAGAAACUCAAGGAGGCCGAGCAGAAGUCUUCCGUCUUCUCCGUCCUCAAGAAGAAUGAAAGAGACAGGAGAAAGCUUCUGGAUACCGUUCUGAAACAGUUAAAGCAACUGCAGAAUCAGGAUGGGUCGUAGUGAGGUUAGGUGAAAAGCGGUUAAAAUAAUGUAACAGUUUGAGUUGAGAUCAUCAGAGAUAUUAUGUAUAGUUCGUUUUAUUUUUAUAGUGGUAUGAAGAUAGGAGGCUUUUGCUAUAGUAAUCAAAGAGACUAAUGUGCAAAGCUUAUCUUAGUAUUGUAAUUGAUGGCAUAGCUUAAUUUAACUACUUAUAUUUGCCUAGAAAACGAUCAUAGAGACAAAAGUAGAUUUACUAACUUAUUACUUUGGUCGUCAUUGAGAUGGGGGAGACAAUUUUGUGGCCUUAAUUAUUAUAAACAAUAUAAAAUUGUAACAAAGUUCAUUGAUUUUACCCGCUACUUAGCGGCUAUUGUUUGUUACACAGUUAUUUGUUCAUUACAUUGGUUUAUUUUUUUCACAUAUGUAUCAUGCGGUAGCUGUGUAAAAUGUGCCGGAAUAUAAAUACUUUAUACAUAAUUAAGUAUCAUAAUUAAAUAAUUUCAUAGUCUAUUUUGUACUCAUUUAUAAUUUUGUAUCAUUGCUUUUAUAAUACAUUUCACCAACUAUUGGAGUUUAGCCCAGUGAUAGGAAGCAUUUAUAGUUUAAACUUAGUUAUCAUUGUUAAAAUAUUCUUAUUUAUUGAACUGAAAUCAUUAAACUAUGUUAUUUA